UGCCGGCAGGAUGAGGCCUCCCUCACCCUGCUCCUGCCUGUGCCCGCCAUCCGGCCCCAGAGCCUCAGCGGGGACGUGGGCGCGAACCACUACAGCCUCCGCUUCUCCAGUGACACUGGCACCUAUGCCCUCUUCUUACAAUUUCCUCCCGCAAACAGGCUGGCGUCCCCCGAGACCAGCGUUAGCGUGUCUGCCCACAACGCUGCCAUCGGGCUCGCCAAGGCCCCCGGGAGCACCGGGCCCUGGGAGAAGUUCUGCUUCGGCCUUGACGCCUCCGCUCUGCAGGAAAGAUUGUUUGUCAGUGAAGAAAAUGUUGAUGGAUUUCUAGGCACUGUUUUAUGCCCUUCCUUUUGCUCCCAAUCAGCAGUGGAAAGCCAGCCGUUAAUUGAAGUGCUUGAUGUUACUGAGGACAGAAUUCAAAUCAGCUUGAAGCCGCAGGAAGCAGUCCGUUCUGAACGCGACGGGAAAGAACAAGCGCUUAGCGGCUCAGGAGGAGACCUCGCUGAAAAGACAAACGGCGACUACCCCCAAACAAAGGCAGAAACAAACUGUGCUGCAGCUGGCACGGUUGAAGAAGAACGUGCUGCAGAAACCAACAAAACUACCACAACUUUUGCAACAGCCGAAACAACAGAAGUAGGCUGCAGUUCGCACCAUCGUUUGCAGCAUGAACCUUCUGAGACCAGGGCAGCGAUUCCUGGUGAAGCUAGGAGAAAGGAACCAGAUUUAGAAAGCGACGUUAGGGUAGGAGAAACGGCCGUGCCCGCAGACUCUGAGAACCGAGCGGGCCUUCUGCCAGAGGGGCAGCCGAAAGUGGCAGGGGAGGAAGCGGCUGCGCCCGCAGGGUCGGCCCAGGGGAACCAGCGCAGCCGGGGUGGCAGAGCUGCCUCCCCGCUCCUCCAGGAGGUGAACACGCAGGACGGGAGCGUGCAGAUCGUUAGGGAUCACGUAACGCACUGCCCGGUCGUGUUUCAGAAUUCUUUGCUGUAUGAAUUGGACUAGUUUUAAUUGUUUUUGGAUUUCCUUCUGUUGUUUGAUGCUUACUGCGACUUCCACGCGCCGGUUUAUGACUUCAGGGCCAGGAGUAGGACGCGGGUUCCUACUGGAACUGGUUUGUUUACAUGUCAGCUUAGAAUACAUACGUUGUUAAUAAUUUUUGAAGUUGACAGGUCUGAGUUUUCUCAUCACGUGUAUGGGCUCAAAUGGUUUUACUCACAGGAAAGAUGCAGUUGAAGGUGAAGCUGAGCUCGUGGAGGAAAAUGCAUCUUUAUUGUUUACAGAACUUCCCUAGUCUCUCGCUACGUUACCGGGAGUAUUUGUGUAUAGCCUUUUCCUGAUGGCUCCCCCGGGAAUCGCUGUGUUUAGUCCACCUAGAAAUGAGCAGUAUUCAUCAUUUUGGAAACCUUUCAUUUUGUGAUAACUGCAGGAUUAGGCUUGCACUGAUUUUUUAGCAAUCAAAUUUCUAAUUACACGGAGGACUUCUAAUUAGUCUCCUAGAAAUAAUCAACAUUUAUACCAUGUAUUCCAGCCUGGUACAUUACUUCAGAACACAGCACCCAAACACACCCCAGUCUGUCAACUGAACAAAUUCCAUGGCAGAAUAAAAACAUCCUCUCUUCUUGCACGUCUGCUACUAAGUAUUUACAAUUUGUAAAAUGGAU